UCGGAAGAAGUUGCGUCGAACUCGUGACCCGGUCUUGAUUUAGAUUCUUUGUCAUCAUCCACAACAACUGCAGACUGGCAGUGGCCGCUCCGCGCGCACUGCGGCGCUUUGCAACCUCGGAACGACGGCGAGCUGGGUGCGCGCGGCCGCUACUCAUCUGGUCCGCUGUGGCAGGAAUGAUGGUCGCGCUCACCUUCACCUGCCGCGCGCUGCUCGUCUUCCUGCUCUCCGAGUCGGUUCAGACCGACACAACAGCGCCUUUCCUCAUCACAGAGAACAUGUGGCCCCGCGGUUGUGUCCUGGACUGCCAGAGGGGGCGCCACAGAGCCGUGUGUGGUAGCAACGGCAGGUUGUAUAAAUCACUGUGUGCCUUCCAGCGGGCGCAGUGCAUCAACACACAGCUCCGCCUGGCUCCACAACUACACUGCUCAGAUCUGAAUCUGUCUAAAUGCCAGCUGGCCAGGGCUCAGGCCCUGGAGGCCAGCACCCACAACAGCGGUGGCCAUGUUAGCCCAGCUGCUCCCAUCUUCGUGCCAGAGUGCCAUGUGGACGGUCACUUCCUGCCAGUGCAGUGCUACAACCAGACAGGAUACUGCUGGUGUUCCACACCUGAUGGCAAACCCGUCAGUGGUACCUCAAUCCUCCAUCUGAUCCCCAACUGCACUGAUCACAUCACCAGGUUGGCUCAUACCACUGAUGCAGAUUCAGCUCUAAUCAAAGAUGUAGUUGGUGAACCUGGGCCUACACUGGACCCCAGAAAAGCUUCAGAGCUGACAGUUCCUCCUUUCUGGGUGACCAUACUGAUGAACUCUGACCCCAAAGGAAAACGCUCUGUCAGACGUCCCACAGACAGUCCUCAGAUGUGUGAGCGUGAGCGAGCGUCGCUGCUCUCUCAGAUGCGUUCAGCCAGGCAGGAAGAGCGUUUCAUCCCAGAAUGCACGCCAGAUGGCCGUUACAGCCCCGUGCAGUGUUACGCUGCCGUGGGUUACUGUUGGUGUGUCCGGGUGGAUAGCGGCAGGCCACUACCAGGCACCUCUGCAAAGAAUCGCAUCCCAGACUGCUCUGGGGCAGAGGAGGCACCAACAGACAGGAGGUACAGGGAAAACCCUCUGCCAGGGUGUCCUGGAGCUCGUAAGAAACAGUUCCUACAGAGUCUGAUCAGGGUUCUGCAGCUGGAAGCUGAGCAUGCUGGGAGUCUGAGUUCCUACCAGGCAUCAAAAACAACUCCCUCCAGCUCUCCCUCACCAUCUUUCAAAACUCCACCCUCUGCCAUUCCUUCCUUCCCCUCAUCGAUUCUGGAUGUUGCUUCUCAUACUGCUUUGGAGGCCAAAGUGUCCUCCAGGCCAGAGAUGGUGCUGCGGUGGCACUUCAGUCAGCUGGACUUGGACUCCAGUGGGGUGCUAAGUGAACGCGAGGCUCGACCCCUUCGACAGUUCCUACGACGGAGGCUAAAGCCGCGACGGUGCGCCAAGAAGUUUGCUCAGUACUGUGACAGGGAUGGAGACCAAGGCCUGACGUUGGACGAGCUGGGGGUCUGCCUGGGCCUCUGAGGUGGGUCAGAGCCAGGUGUGUGUCCCCCAGAUGACUAUAGUGUAAUCUGAAGCAUUAUUUGACAAAUAUCCCUUUUUUCAAACAAAUAACCUCCAGUGUAUUUCACUUUAAGUUUUUUUUUUUAGGCUACUUUCAGUUUUUUUUCCCCACUGCAUGUCAUGUACAUGCAAUAAAAUAAAUGAAUAACAGGGAUAUACUGUAAUGGGUAUGGGCUAAAGAGUUUACUUGGGCUGAGGAUAAUCAUAUACUUCUGUUUAAACUAGACACAGAAGAGAUAGACACAGAAACUAUCAAUUCUCUAUGUGCUCUGUGAACAAUUUCAAUCAUAUGUACCUGUGUUUCCUACUGUGAGUAAAGUUCUGUGAAAUUUUA